UUCAAUUUUUCCUGCCUGAUCCUGCCGCUUUAACCAGAGUACCAUAACGUUGGACGCUUAACCGGGCAAUAUGAAGACUUCUUUGCCCUGCUGGUUGUCUACAAUGUUAAUGUACAUCAUUACUAUAUCAUCAACAUCAAGUGACACAGGCGGUAAGUACGUUAUUUUCUUAAACUUUCUUAUACUUAUACUCCCCCCCCAAUUGUAAAGUGGUUAUCCCACUGGCUAUAGGGUGAACGCACCAAUUUGUGAGUCGCUCUGGCUAAGAGCGUCUGCUAAAUGACGUUAAUGUGCCCUUGAGCAAGGCACUUAACCCUAAUUGCUCCUGUAAGUCGCUCUGGAUAAGAGCGUCUGCUAAAUGACUAAAAUGUAAAUGUAAAUGUUAUACACAGCAUCUAUAGAAUGGAACAGGGUGUGGUUUCCCAAAAGCAUCGGAUAGGAUCCUAUGGCUCUAACGAUAAACUUAGCCUUAAGAUACUUAUAGGAAACCGGGGCCAAAUCAAAGUUUAUUUGUCGUGUACACAGAUUUGAAGGUGUAACAUGUUGAUGUAAUGGAUGGUCAGUAAUUGCACCCAUAGCUCUGUCUAUUAACUUGAGAGUGGUUACAUUUCUUCAGUCCCCUCCUUCAGUUUCUUACCGAAACAGGGAAUAGGCUUCGUUAUUGUUUCAACAGCUGAUUGCCGCUUUAAACAAAUGUCUGCAGGUAACCGUUCAGGAGAGCUAUUAAAGGCCCAGUGCAGUCCAAAAUGUGAUUUUCCUGUGUUUGAUUUCCACACUAUGAGGUUGGAAUAAUACUGUGAAAUAGUGUAAAUUAUGAUAAUGUCCUUUUAGUGUAAGAGCUGUUUGAAAAGACUGACUGAAAUUUCAGCCUGUUUUGGUGGGAUGGAGUUUUGUGAUUCCAUGGUGACAUCACCUUGCGGUAAAUUAGUUAAUAGACCAAUAAGAAAGAGUUCCAAACCUCUCUGCCAAUAACAGCUAGUUUUCAGUUUCCCCCUCCCCACUCAGUCCACUCCCAGACAGUCCUAGAUACAUUCUUGCUUGAGAAAUUGCUCUUUGCUAAGAUUCUAUUUUUGUUUCUUUUUGACCAUUUUAAGUGAAAACAAUCACAGUAAGGUCCUUAAUUGUUACCCAGAAAUGAUUUGAUAACGAGCUAAAAACGGCUGCAUUGGACCUUUAAAACAUGGCUCCUGAGGUUCCCUUGUAUAAAGCUCUCACUAAAGAGAGAUCAGCUGUCUGUGGGAAAUGCAGCCUUUUCCGUAUCUGUGAUUGAUUCAAACACCCCCGAUCAACUAAUCGAUAAACCGAUUAUUCUAACUGAUCCCUACUAUUAAUGAGAUAGUUUUAGUGUGGGAGUCACUGUCAACCUGCUCAACAUUAUAUCUUGCUUAGUCUAAUGCUAGUCAGUGUUCAUUGACCAUUUCCUGGUUCAAACUGCCUUAGCUGUUGUGGGAGUCAAUGUCAACCUGCUCAUCAUUCAGUAGGCCUGUAUCUUGCUUUGUCUCAAAGUAUAUCACUCUGUAAUCUGUUUCUCUCAGGGACAGUUCAGGUUGCUGGUUCUGCUGAGCCCAUUGUGGCCUUAGUUGGUGACGACGUCAUCCUGCCUUGCACCCUGAGACCCACCGUUAGCGCUGUGUAUCAGACAGUAGAAUGGCAGAGACCUGACCUAAAACCAAAAGAGGUGCAUCUUUACAGAGAUGAGAAGGAUGACCUUGCGCUCCAGAAUCCAUCAUUCAGGGGAAGGACGUCACUGUUUAAAGAAGAACUAGUGGAAGGCAACGCUAGUUUAAAGCUGACCAGAGUGGAACUCUCCGAUGCUGGAAACUACACCUGUUACAUUCCACUGUUGGACCACCAGAAAACCACCAUUCAACUCAUUGUUGGUGAGUCAACACACCUGCUGACCACCCAAUCCCCCUUAAGAGACAGAUCACAUGAAAUCAAGGGUGAGUUCAAUGUCAAGUCCAUUGCAUGAUGAGUAUUAGUUAGAUAGAUUGGUUAGCCUACAUGCUAACCUUAAUAGUGUGAUUACCCCAGCUAAUUCAAUGUACAACGCUGUGAGUCGUUGGAAGUUACUUUUUUAAUUUUAAGGUCCAUAAGUAUCAGCAAACCCUUGUUAUAUUUAAGCAAUAAGUCACGAAGGGGGUGUGUCAUAUGGCCAAUAUACCACGGCUAAGGUCUGUUCUUAUGCACGACGCAACCUGGAUAUAGCCAUUAGCCGUGGUAUAUUGGCCAUAUACCACAAACCCUGAGUUGCCUUAUUGCUAUUAUAAACUGGUUACCAACGUAAUUAUUUUAUUGUCAUACCCGUGGUAUAACAUUAUAAACAAGGUGGUUUGAGCCCUGAAUGCUGAUUGGCUGAGAGCCGUGGUAUAUCUCUGUAUCUCUAUAGGUGCAGCGUCUCGACCAGUAAUCACCAUUGAAGGAAUCAAAGGUGAUGAGGUGGUCCUGCGCUGUGAGGCUGAAGGCUGCUACCCAGAGCCUGUCAUGGAGUGGUGUGACGUUCAUGGACGUGUCCUCCCUGCUGAUGGACCUCCAGAGACAUCCAGAGACCGUGAAGGCUGCUACACUGUGACAAGCCAUGUCAUCGUCCCGAAAACGGACAACAACACGUUCACCUGUCGGGUUCAACAGCCGGAGAUCAAACACAUGAAGGAGAGACGGGUUCAUAUUCCAGGUGAGGGUCUGUUUUGGAUAUUUGAAAGAAGGCACUAUCGGUAAAAAAUGUCCUGUUGUUUAAGUCAUUUCAUGUGUAAUAUGCAUUAGGUAUUGUAAUAAUUCUACAUCCUGUGUUUCAGAUCAAAUGUUUCCUACGCAGUGCCAGUCCUCGUGGCUGACAGGUCUUGUUGCAGCUCUUGUUGGAGUUGCAGUUGGAGUUGCAGUUGUAGCUGGAGGUCUCUACCUGUUGAUAAAAAUAGGGAUGUUGACCAUCAGCAUGGUAAGUCAUGGGAGUUACUUCCUGGUGUGGUAGUGUUAUCUGGUGGAGGUCUAAUUGCGCUAUAUAAAACAACCUAAAGAGAGAGGUAAUUCAUGUCUGUCUACAUCAGUGGUCACCAACCGGUCGAUCGCGAUUGACUGCUCCAUCUCCAAGACAUUCCUAGUCGAUCACCAAACAUUUCUGUAAAGUUCCCAACGAUAAAGCCUUGUGUUCCUAUUUAUUUUAUUUUUUGGUGCUGUUUGCAGUAGGUCCACUUGAUUCAGCAGCCCUGGUGCCGGGAAGGAAAAGUGUUCCCAUUUCAUUUGUCUGAAGGUAGAACUCCGCCUACCCGGCAGGUCCAGAGAGCAAAUCAAGUGCUCCUAUAGGCCGACCACUGGCCAAUCAGAUAGCUCAGAUCACCGUGUCUGCACAGUAUCUUCGAGCCAUAGGUUUAAAACAAAGCCUCUAACGCACAGCAAAGUUGAUACAAAUAACAACAAAUAAUAACAAAGAUAGCUAAUAAUGUAAGCAUACUGUGUCCAUAAUAAGUAUAUAGGUUGUAUGUUGGGAGCUUUUGGGAAAGAGCACAGUUAGAAAGAUAUGGCAUAUAGAAGCAAACCGGAUGGACAUCAUGAAAAUGAUCGGAGAGGUUGAGAGUAGAAGAAGUUCAGGAGCAAAAAAAAUAAAAAAAAUAAUUAUAUAUAUAUAUAUAUAUAUAUAUAUAUAUAUAUAUAUAUAUAUAUAUAUAUAUAUAUAUAUAUAUAUAUAUAUAUAUUUAUUAUUAUUAUUAUUAUUAUUUUUUUUUUUUUUGCUCCUGAACUUCUUCUACUCUCAACCUCUCCGAUCAUUUUCAUGAUGUCCAUCCGGUAGAAUUAUUGUAAAAUUAACUCUGUCCAUAAGGUGUAGAUAGUAAGUAUAGGCCGGAAGUAGAGGCCUGGGCAUUGUUGUUCACUAAUUUACCCCAAGUAGGGAAAGGAUGGCGGGGUUGAAAAGUAAUAAAGGGGAGAAUAUAUAUAAAAAACAUGGGGGAUUGGAAGUGAUGCAGACAAUUACAUUGAUAGAUUGUAUCUUCUAUCUGCAAUAUUAAGCUGAUCCAUCCCCCCCCCCCCACCACAAAAAAAAAAAAUGUAGACUGUGAUAUUUCAAAACGUUUAAAACCAUAACCAGAGAGAGACUCAACGAAUACAGCAAAGUUGAUGCUGUGAGAUUUCAAAACAUUUAAGUUCAUGUUUGUUGUUAUUCAGCACUGUCAACAUUUAGUCUUCCAGUUGAUGGCCAAACUCAAGUCGCACUGUAUCCUUUUCUCAGCAGAGGGAAGGAGGGCGGAGGGACAGUGAGUUGGGUGAGAGGCAGCCUCACCACUGCUCUCUCCCUCCCCUCAGACUGACCAUCAGAUACAGGUCAUCAGUCAGCCUCACCACUGCUCUCUCCCUCCCCUCAGACUGACCAUCAGAUACAGGUCAUCAGUCAGCCUCACCACUGCUCUCUCCCUCCCCUCAGACUGACCAUCAGAUACAGGUCAUCAGUCAGCCUCACCACUGCUCUCUCCCUCCCCUCAGACUGACCAUCAGAUACAGGUCAUCAGUCAGCCUCACCACUGCUCUCUCCCUCCCCUCAGACUGACCAACAGAUACAGGUCAUCAGUCAGCCUCACCACUGCUCUCUCCCUCCCCUCAGACUGACCAUCAGAUACAGGUCAUCAGUCAGCCUCACCACUGCUCUCUCCCUCCCCUCAGACUGACGACAGAGCAGUUUUUAAUUGAUUAAUGUUGCAUAGGCUUAUGUUUUUUCAGUCAUGUUUAAAAGAGAAUCUGAGGGGUAGAUCUCGGCCUGCUUUUUCACUCAAAGUGAUCUUGACUCAGAAAAGGUUGGUGACCACUGGUCUACAUGGUCAAGAGGUUGAACAGAGGACUUGACUACAUAGUAGAUUUCACCAGUCCAGGGAUGUGAAACACAUACUUAGUUGACUGUGUUCAUGUGACGUGUUAGACGGUUCUGUUCUAGUCCUGUCUCUCAUCCAUUUAAACAGGAACCUUGGACGUCAGUAAUGCAGAACCCUUAAUGAAGAAGAACAAGGAGACGAUGAAGAAUGAGGAAGAUGAGGCCGGUGAACCCAGUCUGUCAAAGGUUUAAAAGAUUGUAAAAGAUCUAAUUUAUAAUAAUAGUAUUAUAUGCCAUUUAGCAGACCUG